AUGCAUGGAAGUUCUAAUCAUCCAAUCCAUGGGUCAGGUGGGCAAAAUGCAGAUGUGAUGGAAAUCAAGCAAAUGGUUUUGAAUUUGACUACUGAGGUGGAGUAUCUCGAGAGACAAAUAGACAUUAUACCGGUACUAAAGCAGAAUCUUACUGUUGUUGGUGAAGAAAAAAAGGCAAAUGAGGAGCGAAACAAAAACCUAACUCUGCGGCUCAGUGAAGCGGAAAAUAAUAUUGCUAUUUGUGACAAGAAGAAUGAAAACUUAACUCAAAGACUCAGUGAAGUUUACAAUGUUUCGUCGGAAAACAAAGAGAAUAACAAAGAAUUGACUCAACAGCUCACUAAUUCAGUGAACAACUUACACAAUAUGAAGAUUCAGAUGCGAUACACAAGCUUGUCACUACUGGACUUGCAUUCCAAGGCGGACAAACUCAAUACAACAUUAACUAGAAAUGUUGAUGAUCAAAUAAGGGAUGUAUAUGAUCGAAUAACUUAA